AUGAGUAAACCGCUGGUUUCCGUGGAUCCUUGUAUUUCAUCUGAACAUCUAUUGAUUGUUGUUGUCUUUUUAGAACGAGUUCAACAAGAAAGAGUUAAACGGCUGACCGAUGCCUUCGAAGUUUUUGAUUUGGAAUCAAAUAAAACAAUAGCAGCAGCAGAAGUUGGAACUGUUUUACGUUCCCUUGGCUUGGUGCCAACCGAAGGCGAACUUCAGGAUAUAUUAAGUGAGGUAAUACAAUAUGUUAUUACAUUUGUGCACUUUAUGUCAUAA